CGUUUGGAGGGUACUCAACGAACCACUUACGCACCGGACCCGUUGCUUCUGACAUGGCCAUCGAGGGUCUGCGCGCGAUUCACUAUCAAGGGAUCUUACACGGUGACAUCGCGCGGCGUAACAUGCUGUGGAACCCUGCCACGCAACGACUGAUCUGGCAUGACUUUAAAUCUGCGAAGAUCAUUCGACCCCGGCCCCUAACCGAGCGUUCCGUCAACCAGCCUCCGUAACGUCAGGCCUCGGCAAGAGAAGGACAACCUCAAUUCUGGCCCUGUGUGAGGCCGAAGUUUCGAAGGCGUUAGCGGAAUUCCGGCCAUCAAAGCCCCUUAUGAGCGAGAUUCAUCUGCUUUCAGAGUCUGUUCAUCCCAUUGGAGGAAGGGGCGAUUCUGACCCAUCCCUUCAUCGUCUAGACACAGUUCAGCGGCGGAUAUGACGCUCCUCUCAUGGCAUAUACUGCGAGGCUUCCAUGUACAACCACCACCGCCUCAGUCAGUCUCAAUUACAUGCGCCCAGGAGCUGUUCAAACGAUCGCCGGGUCUCACGGACUGUACACAUCUUCUUUACGAGCUCUCUCGUCAUUCAGGAUUUCACGACCAACAUCAAACCCUCGUAUCUCUUCAUUCCGUCUUCGAAAGUGCUCUCCAACCGUGCGCUCCGUGGGGCAAAGACUAUUUUGUUCGCUUCUAGCGAUGCCGCCACCCAAUCCUUUUCGACAAGAUUACUCUCCAGCGUCCAGCAACUUUUCCACCAUAUCGAAUAUUGGAUCUGGGCUCCAGAUUCACGUUUGUCGAGGACGCCAUACACAUGUGAAGAUAGACUGCCCUGACCGGCAUUCGGCCUGACAACAUCGUGAAUGUGGGUCAAGCUUGUGUAUUUCUCUCAAAGACGAAAUUUGUCUGGCGAUUCAAACAGGGAACGGGUAGGCACAACCAUUUCGAAAGUUCAGGAAUCUGACCAGACGCGCAUGACUCGCAAAGGCUUGUUUACAUAGUAGCAGGCCACCUUAGGUCUGCCGUCCAAAGACUUGUGCGAAUGGAGGCUGGCCUAGUCAGCUUUGCUCUCUGUGUCACGUUCAGACUCAGCCAAAUGUGAGAGUGCUGAUAUGGUCCGCAAGGGUCUCAGCGUCUGGUUUAAAUGUCCUUUCGAGGCAAUCUUCGGGAUCGAGCAAACCUCAGGAAAGCGUCGCUUUGCGCUUUACAGUUGUGGAGAUAGGAUCCGUGAAACUCAGGUUCAUGUCCCGGAUGAACAUAACCAAGAUUGUGUGUAAACGUUGUGCGGUAGGCCUAUUCAAGCUGGUAGCGUGAUCGGCAAGCAAUAUAGGCGAAUACAUUCCCGGGGCCGGCGGGUUAUCCAGGGUGCUAGUGGUACCUAUUUGCCAUAGCUUCGUCACCUAAUUCAAAGUGGUUAUGCGUUUCCUGACGGAUAGCAGUCUUUGUUGUCUAGUGAAUCAUACUUUAGCAAGAAAAUCCCCGCAUCGCAGAGGAGACAGGAUAUGUCAUUGUCCAGCGCUGUAUAUGACGCUGUCUGGACUGAAAGACGACAUGCGAAAGAAGUGAUUAUGCUGAUCAUAUAGUUUUAAAAAAGCCGACAAAGACA